GAGCGCGCGUUUCCGCCCGGGAGAGGCGGCGGGACCGCAGCCGGCAUUCCGGGGUCCUCGCCCCGCGCCUCCCUCUCACUGAGGCGCUGCCGGGCGCGAAAACAUGAGCGAGUCCGCGGGAGAGCGCGCCCGCCUCCGGCGCUACCCUGAGCUCCCGGUGUGGGUGGUGGAGGAUCACCAGGAGGUUCUGCCUUUUAUAUACCGGGCCAUUGGCUCAAAACAUCUUCCUGCAAGUAAUAUAAGUUUUGUGCAUUUUGAUUCACAUCCAGACCUCCUUAUUCCUGUGAAUAUGCCAGCUGACACAGUGUUUGAUAAGGAAACACUUUUUGGAGAAUUAAGUAUUGAGAAUUGGAUUAUGCCUGCGGUUUAUGCUGGACAUUUUUCUCAUGUAAUAUGGCUUCAUCCCACAUGGGCUCAGCAAAUCAGAGAGGGCAGGCAUCACUUUUUAGUAGGCAAAGACACUUCUACCACAACCAUCAGGGUUACAAGUACAGAUCAUUACUUCCUAAGUGAUGGUCUUUAUGUAACUGAAGACCAGCUAGAGAACCAAAAACCUUUACAAUUGGAUGUAAUUAUGGUAAAACCUUAUAAACUGUGUAACAACCAAGAAGAAAAUGAUAUAGUGUCUUCUGCUAAGAAGCCAAAGCUAUCACUGGAGGACGCAAAAGACACUGCCUCUACUAAUGGUGACUCUUAUUCAGAAGGACUGGGAAAGGACACAGUGACGCAGAAAAGGGACCAGACUUGUCUACAACCAUCAUGUUCAUGUUCCUCUGAAAGCCAGGAAUGCCAAACUACAGUCAGCACUGCAGAGAUUCUGGAAAUUUUGGAGAAAGGGGAUGCAUUCAUUAUAGACAUUGACUUAGAUUUUUUUUCAGUCAAGAAUCCCUUCAAAGAAAUGUUCACUCAGGAGGAGUAUAAAAUCUUACAAGAGCUGUACCAAUUUAAAAAGCCUGGUACCAACCUGACAGAGGAAGAUUUGGUAGAUUGUGUUGAUACUCGAAUUCAUCAGUUAGAAGAUUUAGAAGCUGCUUUUGCUGAUUUGUGUGAUGGUGAUGAUGAAGAAACUGUACAGAAAUGGGCUUCAAAUCCUGGAAUGGAAUCACUGGUUCCACUUGUCAAGAGUUUGAAAAAACGGAUGGAAGCGCCAGACUAUGAAAUGGUUCACCAGGCUGGUCUAACCUGUGACUAUUCAGAACUUCCUCACCACAUCAGCACAGAACAAGAAAUUGAGUAUCUUAUUCAGUCUGUAUCUUUUGUACUAAGAAAUUUACCAAAACCUACUCUUGUGACAAUAGCAAGGUCAAGUCUGGAUGAUUACUGUCCUUCUGAGCAAGUUGACACCAUUCAAGAAAAAGUCCUCAGUGCGCUACACUCCCUCUAUGGGGCUCUAGACAUUCACCUGGUGUAUUCAGCAGAGUCUGCUCCAUCUUGAAACAGAAAAAACACUAGGCUCCUUAUUACAUCUUGAUGCAGUAACAGGGUUUUCAUUAACUUAUUUGCAAAUGAGUCUUCCAGAGAACACUUUGUUUGUGUAUUAACUUUAAGUUAGAAUCUUUCAGGUAUUUUGAAUCUCCAAACUGAUUUCAUGAGUUGUUGAAUGAGAGCAGUUUUUUUUUGGCAUCAAGUCUGCCCACAGUUGAUGGAACUGUUGCUCACCUUUCUUCCUUUCCGUCACUGUUGCCUUCACUUAUGUGAGGGUUUUUUUUUCCUCUUUUCCCCUCUUCCAUCUAGGUUGGUUAGACUGUAUGAGAUUUGUUCAUUUAUUCACUCACUCAGCCAGCUGACAUUUAUUGAGCACAUACAUGUGCCAGACAUAACUAAGCACUGGGUAUAUGAUUGCGACAGAGUAGACAAGCCCCUGCCCUCUCGGGGGACAGCUGAGAACAAAGUAUGGAUUGUGAGAAGUGUUACGAGGGGAGGGGGAAAUACUAAGGCAUGCUGUUAGUAUCAGGGCCACCUGGCCUUAUAGGAAAGUAACAUUCCCAAAAGCUACUACCAAAAAGAAAACAAAAAACAAACCUGCCAGUCCAUGAAAGUGUGGCAGGAAGUCUGCCUUUCUGAGACUUCUGGGAUUGUGGCUGAGCUCUUGGGGAGUGCUCUCAGCAUUGUUGGUGUUGAGGUCUAUUUGAGUAAAUUCAACCAAACAAAAAGUCACUUUUCUUUGCUAAUCAAAAAAACCCCUUAGGGUCUUUUUGUGCCUCCAGAUGGUCAGUAUGGGCUUCAGUCAUCGUUAUGGAUGGUUCCACCUUAUUGGCAGUCUGGGUUGAUAGUUUUUUUUCAAAUAAACUAGCUUUCUAUGGAAGUAGUAGGAAAAAAGGUAAAUCCUUAGUUCUGAUCCACCGUAAAUACCCAAGGACAUAACUGCCUUCCACUGGCCUCUCCAUGAGUAAGAGACCCUGCCUGAGCCACUCCUCAUUGUGGACCUUUCCAUUUACUUACUAUUUGCCAAAGGCUCCCCCUCUUCAGUAUCCCUUGUGUUCAGUAAUCUUGUUUAACUACCUACUUGGUUUCUUUUCCUUUAAAAGGAAGGAUGGCAUUUAAAGAAAAAAAAAACAUCAAUCCUCAUUCCUAACACAGCAGUCUUUUUCAUUUUUUUACAUGUGACUUUUCAGGCCUGACCACAUGUGUACCUAUUGAGUUGCAUGUGGCUAAAAUUAGUGUGUUUCCUAACUUGGCUAAUACUCCAGGUCACAUUACCAUUGCCACUCAGUAGAUGGCACCAGAUCCCUUUCUCCAAUGAUUCUAUUUUCCAACAAACUUUUCUUGUCACUAAGUUGGUUUCCCAAGGCCCAUAGUGUAUAUGCUUCUUUCUGUUGCGAAAAGCAAAGCAAACUGAUUCAGCCUUCCGUUUUGAUGAAACAUUAUGUGCCAAAAAGCUUUAUGUCCCUGUAAUCAGAAUUGCAAAUAGUGCUAUUGUUUAUUUUUAAAUUUUGAAAAAAUUUUAUUAGGCUUCUGUAAAUGGUGUUACUUUUAUGAGUAAAUUAUUUUGUGUGCUAAAAUAAAUAAAAAGAUGUGUUUCGAGGUUUUAAAGAUUUAAAACCAAACUGUAGCACUAAUUAAUUCUACAUGAUCUUGGUGUGUUCAUAGCAUGGAUCUUGUAAGUCUGGUUUAGUAGUCACUUAUCACAAUUCCCAUGAGCUCUGAUGAGACUCAUCACCGUUUUAACUGAGGUUGAGUAAAAGGGCACCAGUUUCCUCUUUAGGAACAUUCAGAUUGUUUAGUUCUCAUGCUGUAAUUCUCUUUGAGGAAUAAAAUUCAAUCCCUACUUGUUGACUAGAACCAACUUAGUAAAUUAUGUCUCUGCACAUUUCAAAUAGGAGGAUACUCAGUUUAAGACAUCCUUCAUUUGUGUUCUGAGUACCAGUGAGGAAUACCACAGUACAACGCUUUGGAUUAUAUACAGAUAUCACUGAUAUUUGGAAUGGGAUUUUGAGCAGCUUUUUGAAAAAUGUGACCUAAACAUAAGAUUAGGCCCUAAUUUUGAUAAUUAACAAGUACAUAUUUCCCAGUAUCUAGAGGGAAUUUUUUUUUUAAAUCUCUGGAAGUAUUUUCUGUAGACAUCUAUCUCUAAGCGUUCCAGAUUCUCAAGGAGCUCUUAGUCAAAGUCCUUCACUCUUUCUGUGAUGUUCUCUCCACAUCUUUAUUUUACUUUAGCAGUAGUGGUGCCAGAUUGCUAUCGGUAUAUCCACCGUACUGCCAGCAGUCACAGUAUGUCUCUUAGUACAAGACUAUCUCAUGCAUCUUGAGAGAAAGCACUUUCAUGAACCGCGGGGAGUUUUUGUUGGCCAUCUUUCAGAAAUGCUCAGGAUACGUGAGGGCCGUCUGUGUAAAUGCCCACUGUUGGACUGGACGUCCUGGCCUGGCCCGUCCUGAGUUGCAGCACUCUUUUGAAGUACUUGUUUCUGAACUAACUGGUCCUGAACUGCCUCUGUGGUUUUGUAGCCCUUGCGACCCUCCUGGAAUUCCAAACGUCAGUGCCAUCCUUUUCCUUUAUUCUCAUCUGAGGUCCACAAAUGAAGUAAUCGUGACACUAAGGAGGUUUCUGUGAAUCCUGAUUCUCAGGAGAGAGUUCUCUGAACAGUGAGCAUUCUGGUCACUCAUGGAAAGGGUGUAUCUUACCAUUAUUUCAAGUUAGUAAGUUGGCAUUCUGUGCAUUAGUGUCUUUGAGUUUGGUUCCUGUGAUUCGGAAGCAGGGGCCCAUUUCAGAGGCAGAGGCAAGCCCGAGGCUGUAUGGUGUCACUUCCUUUGAAGACUUUCUUGGAUAGUCUGCCAACCUCCAGCUCCAGCUUUCCUGCCAAGUCUCUAACUUCAAAACACUCUUCAGCAGCAAGCAGAUGUCUGAAACGAUCGAUCAGCCAUCAGCACUGCUGGGAAGCCUUGGCACCGUAGGUGAUGUGAAUCGUGCCAGAGUCAAGAUGAGGUGUAACAGAGCAGAGUGCUGAGGGGUGCUGCCUGGCUCCAGUGCCCCCUCUCCGAGUUCCAGCUGCCUGACCCGAGCCUCAGCUUCCCCUUUAUAACUAGAGAACUUAACACAUCAAUGCAUAUCAAGCCCUUACUUAGCACAAGAGCCAUCUGGUAAACAUUGGCUGUUAUUUCCAAACUCAGCCCUGCUUAGAAUCUCCUGUGAUGGCCAUUCCAAGUCUCAGCUGCUCUUGCCAGGCCUCGCCUAAGUACUGAUCUUCCUAAACCCCACGUAAGCUUCCACCGUACUUCCAUGAAUAGUGCAAUUUCACUUUAUUUAAAGAAGUCAGGUCCUUGCCCAUAAGGAAAGAAGUCACGGGUCUUUUAAGUGGAGGUACUCAUGAUUUGAAACUCGACUUGCAGUUGGUGUGAGCAUCCAUUUAGUCACAGUUUUAAAACUUGUACUCAUGCAGUCAGGGGUCAGGGAAGUUAAAGCCUCCUUUUUAUCAAAGCAGCUUUUUUAACUCCUUCCACGUCCCCUCCUGCCUGCUGGUGGGUAAAGCUAGAAUUUGUGAGGCUAAACCUCUGAUGUAAGCAAUGUUUGGAAGUUGUUAUCCCCUGGACUUACAAAUUACCUUAGAGAAUCUAGGGUUCUCCUUUCCAUUUUUGACAUUGCUAAUUUAUUUGUAGAUGACCUCGAGCAAAGAAGUCCCUCAUGAAUCAGCCAGAGCAUGACGGGGGGAUGGGGGCAGAGUGAGUGUCUCCAACCUACUGACUCCUUUCCAGACCCUUCACAGCACUCCCUGCACCUCGGCCUCCGCCGCACCACAGGGCCGCCUCCGCUUGUGGAGGGGCCAGGAAAGCCCUCGGAGGAAGGGGGGCGCCGCUGUCCACCUGGCCUAACGAGGUUGUGUGGCAGCCCCUCAGACACCACCCCGAUCGCCCAGGAAGAGCGAGACGGAGCUGAAGCCAGAGCUGGAGCCAGGCUGGAAUGCCAGCUCUUGGGACGGAAGCCACCGUGGGACCCGCACGACAGCACCGCCCACCCUCCGCAGCGGCACCCCCCGCGAGCACAGGUAAUAAGGGGCCCCAGCGUCACAAAGUGGCACCUGAGGUAUUCGUGGCUUUGAAGUCAGUCCAAGUUCAAACUCUACCUCUGCGGGUUAUAAGUUUUGUGAACUUGGGCAACGUAAGCCGUCAGAGUCCUUGUUUUAGACGUGGUCCGAGGCCCUUCGCGUGUUCCUGGAGGACCGCGCACUGAGCUCCCGCAUGGCGCGUUGGUCAGCCGUGUCCAUCUGCUCACAGGUGGACCAGGAGCCCCUGGACUGCACCACCGGACGUCGGUGUAGCCCCAGCCUCUGGCAUCGUCACUGCCGUAUCACAAGGCCUCAAAAAGUACAUAAUGAAUUGACUACAGAAAAUUCCAGCAGUCACUGGAAUCUUGACAGUAAUAACCCUAGUCAUGUGCCUUAUAUUAUAGCUCCUCUUAUGAGCAUGCUGUCUUUGAGAGCAAAUUGAGCAGAUACAGAUAUUAAUAUAAGAACAAACAUUUACCAAGGAUUGGGUGUUUUAAAUACAUGAGCCCAAAAGAGCUGGAAGGUCAUACCUGUAAUCUAAUGACUAUGUCCACAGAAUAACUUUGUUAUAAACAAAAGAAAGGCAAUCA